AUGAGGCGGGCACCGCUGCCCAUCCUCGUGGCCUCGCUCCUGCUGGUGUCACACGCGGCUCUCGGAGUCGACGGCAGCGCCGAGCGCGGCUUGAGCCUGCGGCUGCGGCUGCUGCUCCUGCUCCGGGGGGAGGACCCUGCCGCCGCCUGGCCCUUUCCGCCCCCGCUGCCGGCUCCGGGGCCCGACGGGGUGGCCCUGCCGGUGCGCUCGCUGCCGCGCUGGGGCCCCGACGGGGAGCUGCUGCGCCGCCGCCUGGCCGAGCGCCUGAAGCGCCGCGACCCGCCGCUCUCCAUCGACCUGACUUUCCACCUCCUCCGUCAGAUGAUGGAGAUCUCCCGGGCGCAGAGCCAGCAAGCCCAGGCCGAGCAGAACCGCCUCCUCUUCGACUCGGUGGGCAAGUGA